GUCAUAUCUGGGAAAGACUGGUAUCUCCCUGACAGCUGGAGGGUCCACUCCCAUACAGUAGACGAAGUCUGCCAGGCUAAAUGUUGACUAACUUCUUUAUAAACCUAUAAAUAACUGCACUUUAUUCUUUCCGAAAAGGAAACAAUGGAGACCGACCCAGUGUUCUUCACUGAUCGCAGUGGACGAAUCACCAGUAACCCACUGCUGGACCAGCUCCCCAGCUACCAGUCCCUUCUGUACCGCAGAAAGUCGUCAGCUAGCAGCAACAAACGAAGGAACAGCUCCAGAGGGAGGCUCGGCUCCUCUAGCAGUGGGAAAUGGGGCAUGAGCACCUUCACCAGACCUUUAGAGAAACAGAAGAGUCAAGUGACGGAGCAGCAGCCCAUCAGAGAACUCGCCAAGCCCAUGGCUGAGAAACGCAGAGACAAAACACAGCGCCUGGAAGAGGCUCAAGAGUUAAGCAACUGGAGACAGUGGAGGCGAAGCAGCCGCAGGUAUCUGAGGAGGCUGAAGGAUGAUACCCAGGAAUGGCUGAGCUCCAUGAAGCUCUGGAGGGGCGACAUCCACCUGAUAGAAGGGAUGUUCGGCACAGGGAUCCUGUCGUACUUCUCCUUCCUUCGCUUUCUGGUCGUGCUGAACUUAAUUAUCUUUCUAAUCAAGUUCAUCUUCGUCAUGUUCCCCAUCAUCGUUGCUCCUUACGCUUCAGGAAAUAUCACUUACAACCUAAAUGAUGCUGGAGUGUGCAGCGUUUAUCCAAGCAGCGCCCGUCGAGGUCUUGUCAUCUUUCAUGAGCACAUUACAGAUCUGCUCUCUGGUGGAGGCUUUCUGGAACAGACCUAUCUUUUCUACGGCUUCUACAAGGUGGACAAGAUCCAUUUUACAAACGUCACUUAUAAUUUGGCUCUGGCAUACCUGCUGUCCACCAUAGCGUACCUCUCCCUCAGUCUUAUCUGGAUUGUUAAAAGGUCUGCCAGAGGAUUUAAACGUAACCUGGUUCAGGAUGAGGAUCGCUUUCAGAGUUUUUGCAACAAGAUCUUUGCUGGCUGGGAUUUCUGCAUCACCAAUGAGAACGCAGCAAGGCUGAAAAGGAGCAGUUUGCUUUAUGAGCUCAGGACGGAUCUGGAGGAGGAAAGGAUAAAACAGAAAAUAGCAGAUCGCACCCGCAAAGACAAGUGUCGGAUUUAUCUCAUCCGUCUCAUCCUCAACCUGUUUGUCAUUGGUGUCCUGGCUGGUUGCUUCUACAGCAUUUACAUCGCCACCGUCUUCUCCCAGGAAGCACAAAUGACAAAGGUGAAUUUCAUUGUGGACCUCAUCUACGAAUAUCUGCCCUCAAUUGUUAUCACGGUGGCCAACUUCAUCACCCCCCUUCUCUUCUCCGUUAUCAUCAACUACGAGGACUACUCUCCUGCUUUUGAGAUCCGCUUCACUCUCAUGAGGUGUGUUUUCAUGCGGUUGACCAGUAUUGCAGUUUUGCUCUUCUCUCUGUGGUCUCAGAUAACUAAUUGUGAAAAGGAGUGUGUCUGUGGCUACAACCAUUUACUAUAUUCUUGUUGGGAGACCCGUGUGGGCCAGGAGAUGUACAAACUCACCAUCUUUGACUUCAUCACCAUUGUUGCGGUCACCAUCUUUGUGGAGUUUCCUCGCAAGCUGCUUGUGAAGCACUGUGACUGUGGCCUGGCGAAGUGGUGGGGCCAGCAGGAGUUUGCUAUUCCUCAGAACGUGUUAGAGAUCGUCUACGGUCAGACCAUCUGCUGGAUCGGCACAUUCUUCUGCCCGAUGCUGCCUGCCAUCUGCACCAUCAAAUACUUCUUUAUUUUCUACAUCAAAAAGGUAUCGUUGAUCAAGAACUGCCGUCCAGCCACACGCCCAUUCCGAGCAUCCAGCUCCAACUUCUUCUUCCUCGGUGUGCUGCUGAUCGGCCUGGCUCUUGCCUGUCUUCCUGUCACAGUUAGUGUAGCACAAAUAAACUGUUCCCAUGCUUGUGGACCAUUUGUUAAUUUCAAUACCUCCUGGGAGGUGCUGCCAACUACAGUAUCCCAGCUACCCAGUGGAGCCCAAAACCUCCUCUUUGCUCUCUCAUCAGAGGCCUUUGCUGUCUCCUUCUUUGUUGUUACAUGUUUGGCCAUGUUUUAUGUGAUUGCUUUAGCGGGAGCACACAAGAGAGUCAUUAACCAGCUAAGGGAGCAGCUAGCUAUGGAGGGUCGUGACAAACGAUUCCUGAUCCAGAAGUUGUGCCAGGCCCAGAGGCUCUCCCCUGUCAGAUCCCCGGUGUCCAAAUCUCAGCCCCGCAGAGGCAGCAGAAGCAGCCCCAGCUACCACACCAGCUUCUCCAGCAAUUUCAAUGAGGGAGUGUUCCUGGCACACUCACCUCCUGACUCGUCCACACAUGUGUGAGGCAGGUGCCCAACUGUAGAGAACAAAGUGUACAGGACUUGCAAGCUGUUUCAAUUAUUUCUUUAAGUGUUAAUUCUUAUUUGUUUUACUGUGAAAACACCACAUUUUGGGUGCUACUCUGAACCUGCUGACAGUGUUCUAUCGUUGACAAUACGAAAAUUGUAAAACUAUUAAGAAGCAGCACUAUUUUUAAACUAAAACAAUCAUUCCUGGUCACCUGUGGUGUUUUCUCAUACUGUGCGUACUGUCAUUUUUUCCUUCUGAGAAGGACUUGCUUUAAACUACUGUACUUUCUAAAUUUUAUGCACUUUAAAUGUGUUAACACUAGAUUUUCCUACUACUUCUAUGUUAGUAGUGCUGUGUAUUUGUUGUAUGUAUGUUUUACAUCUAGCACUCUAUAGCAUUGUGAAUCACUCUGUUGCAUAAUAAUGAAAAUAACUAACUUCAAAAUACUAAACUGUAACAAUAUUUUUUAACAAAAGUGUGACUGUAUCUUCAACAUAUCUUUUGGAUGGUGGGUGUUUUGUUACUAUUGAUAAUGUUUUGGUCAGACUUAAGGGAAAAUGCUGUGUAACUUAUGAUGCCUUGAUAUGACUGUGGUGACUACUUUUAAUGUGAAACCAUAGACAUAAAAAAAUAAAUAUUUGUUUUUUUUU